AUGCCUUCGUCACCGCCACCAGCCGAGUCGCCCGACAUGGACGAUGAGUACAUUCCCGACGAGCGUCUCGCAGCCCAGGAGAAGGAGGCCCGCAAGCGCAAUCUGGAAGUGGAGAAUAAGCGGAAUGCCUCGCUCAAGCGCAAGCGGCGGCUCGUGACCAAAGAGGACCGUGACAAGAAGGCCAAGGAGCUCGAUGACCUCUUGAGACAGAGCGCGGCAUUCUCCGACAUCCUCACCAAGAAGACGCAGGUGCUCGGUCGUGUGGGGACUUCGCUUGAUGGCCAGGCCCUGGGCGCGCACGACCUCGAGAUGACUGAGCAGCCCAAGUGUCUGGUCGGCGGAACGAUGCGUGACUAUCAACUCGAAGGUGUGACAUGGAUGAAAGAGGUCUGCGCUCAGGGCAUGAGUGGUAUCUUGGCUGACGAGAUGGGUUUGGGAAAAACUAUCCAGACGAUCGGUAUUAUUGGCAACCUCCGGGAGGUGGAGGAUUACCUUGGUCCACACCUCAUCAUCGCUCCAUUGAGCACCCUUUCUAAUUGGAUUGCUGAGUUCAAAAAAUGGGCUCCAUCGAUACCUGUCCUGAUGUACCAUGGUCUCCCAGUGGAACGCCAGAAGCUCCACAGGAAUGAGUUGCUGCGAAAUCUCAAGGGUGGUAGACCUACCGACAAGUUUCCUGUGGUCUGUACAAGCUAUGAGAUGGUUAUCAAGGACAGCUCUCUGCUCUCCAAGAUCAACUGGGAACUCAUCAUCAUCGAUGAGGGCCACAGGAUGAAGAAUGCCGAGUCGCGUUUAUUCCAAGAAGUCUGCAAGUUCACGUCUGCGACCCGGUUUCUUAUCACAGGCACACCGCUGCAGAACAACCUGAAAGAACUUUGGUCUCUCUUGCAUUUCCUUAUGCCCGCCAUCUUCACAGAUUGGGAAGCUUUCGAAACCUGGUUUGAUUUUUCGGAUCUUGAGGAUGAAGCUGGAACAGAGCGAUUCGUCCAAGACAAGGCAAACCACGACCUUGUCAAGAAGAUUCAUACUGUUCUCCAACCACUCCUUCUUCGCCGGGUCAAGGCGGAUGUCGCUCACCAUUUACCAAAGAAGCGCGAGUAUGUCUUGUAUGCACCGAUGACCAAGGAGCAGACGGACCUGUACAACAACAUCACAGACACGCGCGCCGACACCCGUUCCUACCUAGAGAACAAGCUUUACGAGCGGCUGACUGGCACCACGAAUACACCAGUGGGUUCUAGGAAGACCACACCUGGCUCUUCACGUGCCCCCAGUGUCAACAUCAAAGUCGAGAAGCAAGGGGGUGGCGAUGCUUCGGCUAUCGAGUCUCCUGCCGCCAAUGGCAACAACGCCUUCGAGCGGAUGAUGGGAAAGGCUCGCAAGCGUGGCAGACCUGCCAAAGGCAGUGCUGCAAAGACGAACAAGCGAAAAGACCCGCCGACCUCAGGAACUUCAACACCGAAGAGCGCCAAGUCGAACGGCACCAGCACACCUUCGCGAACGACUAGAAGCUCUGGUCGGAAGGCCGCUCAGAGAUCUUACAAGCUUGACGAGUCAGACGAUGACAUGCUCUCGGAUGACGAUUUCGAGGCCAAGAUUGCAGAAAAAUACGCUGAGGAUGAUGCUGCAGAGACGACAAGCACUCCCGGGUCCGCAGAGGAGAUAGAGCGCGCUGCAACCCUGGAGCUCGCCAAAAAGCAGAUCGCAUCCAAGGCUUUAGGAAACCCCAUGAUGCAAUUACGACUGGUGUGCAAUUCUCCUUUGAACUUUUACGAUCCUUUCCCAAAUGGCGAAGGCUUCGACGAGACUAUUGUUACGUCCGCGGGAAAGAUGUUGCUGCUCGACCGACUGCUGCCAGCUUUGUUCGAGCGUGGGCACAAGGUGCUCAUUUUCUCUCAGUUUAGAACCCAGCUGGACAUCUUGACGGAUUACUGCGCCUUCAGAGGCUGGAACCACUGCCGCAUUGACGGCUCGGUCUCGCAAAAGGAUCGACAUGAGCAGAUCGAGUGGUUCAACUCGAGCGACGAGUGCAAGCUCUUCCUUUUGGGCACAAGAGCUGGCGGACAGGGCAUCAAUCUGGCCAGCGCGGAUACCGUCAUCCUCUACGACUCGGACUGGAACCCUCAGCAGGACUUGCAGGCACAAGACCGCUGUCACCGCAUCGGCCAGACACGACCUGUGAUUGUGUAUCGCCUCGCGACGAAGGACACUGUUGAGGACAGUCUUCUGAUGAGCGCGGAUGCGAAGCGGCGCCUGGAGAAGCUCGUGAUCCGAAAAGGCACCUACAGGACGCUCGGCCAGAAGAAGGACUUGCACGAGGACUUGGAUAACGAGACUCUGCGCCAUCUCCUGCUCAAGGACGGUGAGGUGUUCAAGUUCUCUGGAGAUAAGAAUGUUCUGAGCGACAAAGAUAUCGAUGUUCUUUGCGAUAGGAGCGACGCGGCUUACGCCCGUGCGGCAAAGGGUGCCGGCGAUGCGGACGGGUACCGCAUUGUGACGACCGGCGCCCAGGGCUUGACUGUCAACUCGAAAAGCUGA